AUGUUUUGGAUGCUCAACAUUGCUUGGGAGGUCCUCGCACUGUGCCUUUCGGUCUGGGUUGCUGAGAAACACUUCCAUGACCUGCAACGACUCGGCACAUCAACAGGAUCGACCAUCGGGGACUGUUUCAGAGUGCUGAUACAAUCUCACGUUCUUUAUUUUGCAAGUAUUUUUUCCGCUCAAGUUCCGCACAUGUUAGCUUUGUUGGUACCUCUUGCCUCCAUCUUGCUAUUCUCUCUCCAGAAAUCUCGGUGCGCUGACCUUCGGUCGUGCAGAUGUUUGUGCUGGGACCACGCCUCAUUCUUAGGAUUCGAGAAUACCACGCCGAACUCGUGGCAUACUCCGACGCAGAAACCAGCAUGA